CGACGACACAGGUACCGUGGACGAGAGCGUGAAGUUGUAGGGGCCUGGAAUGGCGAUGCCGUUUCUGGGUGACCAAGUGAAGUUGAGAGAUUGAAACCAGCGAGGGGUGCCAUUGGAGUAUACCCUUGUCCAUGGGUAUCAUUCCUUUGGCUGAGAUCAUACCCUAAAUUACCUGAUCCGGGUUAUACCGGCGGAGGGACUGCUGCGUUGUUGCUACCAUUUCAGUUAGUCUUGUGAUUUUGUUUCUUUUGUGAUGUUAAUCGUGGUUUUGGCGCGUCCAACAGAUUCUAGGAACGUGAUAUCAUGGCCCCUCAAUUGAAGAAGACCACCUUUUUGCUCAACUGGUACUCGAACCCAUACCACACGCCCAUCUUUGUUGCCAAGAAGCGCGGAUUCUAUGAAGAAGAAGGCAUCGAUUUGGCUAUCAUGGAAACUACCAACCCCAGCGAUGUGACUGAAAUCGUGGGCUCGGGUGCCGUCAACAUGGGUUUGAAGGCGAUGAUUCACAUUUUGGCGGCCAAGGACCGAGGCAUCAACUUGACCUCGAUCGGUUCUUUGUUGGACGAACCCCCGACCGGUCUCAUCUUCAAGGCCAGCCAAAACAUCACCAAGUUCACCGAUAUUGUUGGCAAGCGUGUUGGCUACAUCGGCCACUUCGGCAAGGUGAUGAUUGACGACUUGGCCAAGCAAGCCGGUUUGGCCCCUGACUCGUACACUACUGUGCGUGUGGGUAUGAACGUCACCGACGCUAUCAUGCGCGGCGACAUUGACACGGGGAUUGGUUUCACCAACUUCCAACGCUUGGAACUUGAAGAAUUGAGCGGCGAACCUGCUGGCAUGUUGCGCAUUGACGAAUGCAACGGUUUGGGCUGCUGCUGCUUUUGCUCGGUGAUGUUUGUCGCCUCCGACGCAUUUUACAACGCGAACAAGGAACUCAUUGCUGGUUUCAUGCGUGCCACCCGCCGCGCCAUGGACAUCACGAUCGAGUACCCUGAAGUCGCGUGGGAGGACAUGUGCGUGAUGAACCCCCGUCUCCGCUCCACGAAGCGCCUUGUCCAAGUAGAAGUCGACGGCAAGACUGUGUCGGUCCCCACUGGCAGCGACGUGUACGAGAAGAUUUUCCAACGUUCGUUGCCCUACUUCUCGCGCACCCUGCUCAACGUCGACCGCGACUGGAACAAGGUGGGCAACUUUUGCAAAUACUUGCACGUGCUCGAACACGACGUCGACCAAAACUCUGUGUGGACCAACGAAUUGGUUCCGGCCAUGGGCAAGCCCAGCGUCGAACCCAUUACCCCCGGCGGUGUGUUGAACAUUGCGUAAAUGCGCCUUGAACACGAGUUUGUAUUCCAUGGCAACGACCGUGUCGCUGUGGAUGCAGUCACCUUUUCCA